AUGCAGUCCUGGUCUGGCUCCGGCCAGAAUGGCGCAAAUGACGGGCAUAAUUCCUGGCAGUCCGGCUACACAUAUCAAAACCAAGGCAACCAGUUCGAUCCUAACCAGGCCUGGUCACAGCCGGCAACUGAGCAGGGCUCAUACCCUCAUUUAAAUCAGCAGGAUCCAUCCACGUCCAACUUCUUUGAAGCGUCCCACCAGGGAAAUGCCUUUCUUGCUGGAGGCCUUCACUCUGCUGCCUCCAGCCAAGCCCCAUUCCAUGCUGGCCAUGGCGCUCUUUCUUUGAACCAACAGUACUCGCAGCCGGGUCAAGAUGUGAUGGAUCCUGCUUUCAGUAAUAUUCACCCUGAUUUAUAUGGACACCAGCCAAAGGUCAACCUGGGUGGAGAUGGAAUUGGCCAUAUGGGACAAGUUCAGAGCCACCCGCAUACGUCAGCUCAGUUCACGCAGCAUGAAUUUGCAUUCGCUCCUCAGAACGAGCAGCUGUACGAUCCUGCCGUUCCCUUUAACCGCCAGCCUCAGCAAGUGUCUCAGCCAACUCGUCAAGGAAGCCACACUCCCGUCCAGCAGUUUGAUAACUUGCAAGGGGGAUAUCCCCAGGGCCACCAGUUCAGGCAGGCACCGCAGUCAGUGCCGGUUCAACACCAACAGCAGCAGCCAUAUCACCAGGGACAGCCCUUCCCAGCCGCUCAGCCAAAUCCUCAGUAUAAUUCACAGCAAGGAUAUGCACCCCAAAAGGCAAAUGCAUAUGCUACACCCCCUCAAGGUAUACAAUAUGGAGUAUCCCAGCAGCCGAUUAAUAGCGGCAUCGUAGCAACCUCUGCUUCUAUUGGCCAAACGGUGAUGGAGGGGGCGCCAAAGAAAAGGAAGCGCAUGACGAAGAGUGCUGCCGAGCCGAUAGUUCUGGAGCAGCCGGCGUAUCCUAUAGAUCUCCCGGUCGAUGCUCUUGGAAGAAGAGGCGAAGAAUCCGAAAUCCUGUCCGUUCCCGUACCGUCAGAGGAAGAGGCGCAACUCAUGGCCCAGUUUGCGAAGCGGACCAAGGCUGCACAGAUCAAAUAUCCUUCAAUUAAUGGACUUCCACACCUAGUGUAUGAUGGGACUAUUAAAAUUCCAGCACCCAAGAGCUAUGACAAGUUGACUCCUUGCAUUGCCCUGCCGCCACGCCACGACCGUCCCGCGAUUCCCGAGCUUGGAUACCUGCCUUGCGAAAUUCAGGGUAAAUUUACCAUUCAAUAUCGGCCAUCUGCGGAAAAGGGCGGUUUGGACGAACGACGAGACGAAGCAAGCCAGUUACUGGAUGAAUAUGACCGCUCUAUGAAUGCUCUCGGUAAACGCAGACCAAAAUACACCGAGUAUCCACAUGCUUUCAAAGAGCAGCUCAAAUCCGACGAAGCUUCGAAGAACAAGGCGGAAAAGAGGGCUAAGAAGGAACAGGAGGAUGACCGAGCAAAGCCGAUCCGCUCACCCAUCCGCCCAACUGAUCCUGCCGAAGCCGCUGCCUGGGAUGCCAUUGGAAUUGUCCAUAUUGAGGCCUCUGUUGCUCGUACAAAUGCUCUUAUCGCUGGAAGAGUUCAGCAAGCGGGUGAAUUCUUUAUCAAGCUCCGUGGCGAAAUGAACAAGGCCAAGUUGGACGUGGACGCUGCGGUUAAGAACAAGGUGCCGGAUGCCGAACUUGCAGAGCUAAAGCACCUAGCAGAGCAGAAGAAAGAGGCCUUCUACCGCGCCCUCGACGUCACCAUUGAGCAUGCCGACGACAGCGUCUUGGAUAACCUCGGAGGCCACCAGAAACUGGUUCUCAGUCUCGUCAAUGCCAUGAUUUCAUCAAUUAAAGCAGGCGACUUCUCCGGAAAGCUCCCCAAAGCAUUACUGGAAAUUUUUACUCAUUUCCGCAUGACAAAGAAGAUUGCCGAGACGACGAAUUUUGAAACAGUUCGAAAAAGGUUCGAAGAUAAGGGCGAUGAUGAGGUCAAGGAGAUGGCACGCGAAAUUGCUGCGAAUAUGAAAAAGGCUACCAAAACUGCAGAGUCAGAGACGGCCACGGGAUACACCGGAACCUCUGCAGCUAGCAGAGCUAAAGCUGGCGUUAAGCCAUCUACAGAAGCUCCUUCAGUCAAGCGAGGUCGAGACGACGACACAGACUCUCGGACCGUGAAAAAGAUUGCGGUGGAGCCCGCCGCAUCGAGAAUCAUUCCACCCAAAGCACCCUCAUCGAUACUGCCUGGUAAAGCACGGCCUGUUCCAAAACCAGUGGUCAAGUCAGAGGCAGACAGUCCAUCUGCGUCUAGUGAUGAUAAGAGCAAGAUAGACGUCAAGAAAGCGGCAUCUUCGACACAAAGCGCCAGCGCCUUGUCGGGAAUUGCUUCUCUGCUCGACUCCAUCAACGCUCCUAAAGCGACAGAAGCUCUUGUCUCAGUGGUCAGAGAGACAAGGGAGUCUGAUACCCCAGAAGCGCCGGAAGAAAAAGCUAAAAGACUUCGUAAAGAGGCUCGUCGAAAGCUAAGGGUCAGCUGGAAGCCUGAAUCAGAGCUUGUGCAAGUCAAAAUCUUCCACAAAGACGACGAAGAAGACGAGGGCAGGGAGAGCAACAUGAUACGAGACGCAGCUGAUGACCGCUCCGAGGGAAUGGUUCUGAAACAGCGCGCAAACGUGGAAGAGGACGAAGACGACGACGACAUUCCUUACCAGCCUUGGUUGGGACCGGUCGAGAUGGACUUUUCAGUGCUGGCCGACGAUGUACGGAGUAAGAACUACGUUACGCGUGGCGGUACUGUGACGUUCACGACCGACGAGCAGCAACGAAUCGCAGAGAGGGAGCAGAGAGAGCUUAUGGCCAUUUACACUGACAUUGACGACAUUCCUCCAACGCCGAAGUCCCCUAUUCCGGAGACGGCAACUACGAAUCCCGAAGCCAAGACUGGCUACCUCCCCCGAGAAGAUGCCAAGUAUGAAGAAAUCCAGCUUAGAUGGCGAGAUGAACAGCAGUACGGACUCGAUGAGGCGCUACGCUCUGCUAUGAAGCGGCUCGACGCCAAAAAUAGCCCGUCUAAUAAGCUUGACUCUAUUCUCGGCCGGCUUCAGGGAGGUGUAUCGUCGUCAUCUGUACCCUCCUCGCAACCUGCAUCUUCUGUACAGCCCCGACAAACGUAUCACCAGCUCCCGCUUCUCCUGGGUCCCGCAGCAGAGGCACUUGUCCUUGCGGCGCUCCAGUCAGACAAGACCAAGGCUUGGCGCGAAACCAACCCCGUUCAAUACGGCGAUACUGUGCGUUCCUACAACUAUACCGACCCGACAGUACGACUUAAUGGAAACGCUGUCGAGGAUGUUGCGAGGAGCUUGAUUAGCAAACCGUUUCCUGCAACCGCACCGCCAGAGUGGCUUUCGUUUGAUCAAGAAAGGGUCAGGGAAUGGUGGUUUGGAUAUAACAAGGAGGUGGUGGUCAGACAGAAGAAGGAAGAAGAAGCACGGGCCAGAGCUGAAGCUGAAGCAAACGCACUUAAGAUUGCCGCUGCUACUGCUGCUGCCGCUGCGAACCCCUCGAAUAAUGGUCAGGCUCAAGACUGGGCGACGGCGCAGUUUGCCCAGCAACAGAAUUACGCCCCGUACAUGGCACUGCUGCAGCAGAUGACUGGUGGGCAGCAUCAAGCUAUUCCCCAAAUUCCGUCGACAGCAGCACCAGCGCCAUCCCAAAUUCCCGACGGUCAACUACAGUCGAUUCUCGCAGCCAUCAACCAACCUCAACAAGCUGCUGCAGCGGUGCAAGCUGCGAAUAUCACUAGCUACCUGAACCCGAACGACCCUUCGUACCAGCAGCUAAUGAUGCUCACUCAAAUGGCACAGGGCCAGCAGCCACCUCCACCUCCGCCACCACCGUCAUCAUUUGGCCAUGGGACGGAGCGAGAGAGGGAGCGAGAGCGAGAACGAGAUUGGGAUCGAAACGAUAAUUCGAGAGGCGACAGAGGAGGUGACCACGGAAAGGAAGGCAGGAAAAAGAAGGGGACCAAGCCAUGCACUUUCUGGCAGCAAGGCAAGUGUGCUCGAGGUGAUAAGUGCACCUUUAGACACGGGUGA